AUGGCGGUUUCUCCGCAUAUUUCGCCUACACUUUCCCGCUACAAAUUCUUCUCCACUUCCGUAGUUGAAAACCCUAAUUUAUCUCCAUAUCAUAUCUGUAGUCGGCGGGGAUUGACCAAAUCGCAUCUUCAAGCGCACAACAGCACCACUAGCUAUGGCCGGACGGAAGUCGCCUCACCGACGAAACUAUGGAUUAAGCAACGAAGCUUCGGCAAAAUGGAGGUUGAGCAAGUUCAAUUAGAAGAUGAAGAGCAAGAGGACAUCGAUAUCGGAGACGAGGCGAGUCUCCUCUCCCUGAGCAUGAAACCGGACAGAAACAUGGCGUUGCUCGACGACUAUGAGAUGGAGGAGCUUGGACACACACCUAAUACUAGUCAUCGCAGCGGAUACGUGGCGGUGCUUGGGAUGCCGAACGUCGGGAAAAGCACGCUUUCGAAUCAAAUGAUUGGCCAGAAGAUUUCGAUUGUUACUGAUAAACCUCAAACGACGAGGCACCGGAUUCUCGGUAUAUGUUCUAGCCCAGAAUAUCAGAUGAUACUUUAUGACACGCCUGGUGUAAUAGAGAAGCAGAUGCAUAGGUUAGAUACAAUGAUGAUGAAGAAUGUCAGAGAUGCUGCCAUCAAUGCGGAUUGCGUAGUGAUUCUUGUUGAUGCAUGUAAAGUGCCUGCAAAAAUAGAAGAAGUGUUGAAAGAAGGUUUGGGAAACCUCGAAAAGAAGCCACCGAUGUUGCUUGUUAUGAAUAAGAAAGAUCUGAUCAAACCCGGUGAGAUUGCAAAGAAACUUGAGUGGUAUGAAAAAUUUACAGAUGUUGACGAAGUUAUACCUGUGAGUGCAAAGUAUGGACAUGGAAUAGAGGAUGUCAAAGAAUGGAUACUAUCCAAACUUCCCUUUGGCCCACCUUAUUAUCCAAAGGAUAUCGUGAGUGAGCACCCAGAGAGAUUCUUUGUUUCUGAGAUUGUUAGAGAGAAGAUCUUUAUGCAGUACCGAAAUGAAGUCCCUUAUGCAUGUCAGGUUAACGUGCUGAGCUACAAAACUAGACCAGCUGCAAAAGAUUUUAUUCAAGUGGAAGUAGUAGUUGAUAAAAAUUCUCAGAAGAUCAUCCUUAUAGGAAAAGAAGGGAAAGCUUUGAAAACGCUAGCAACGGCUGCACGGCUCGACAUAGAAGAUUUUCUUCAGAAAAAAGUCUUCCUCGAGGUGGAAGUGAAAGUGAAAGAGAACUGGAGACAAGACGAGGGACUUCUCAAGUACUAUGGCUAUGGAGGACAGAUCCGAGCUAUGUAG